AUGAGCAGGCCUCCAGCAACAUCACGCAAGAGGCGCGUGCUGGCGCUACUGGCGCUGUUAUUGGCGUGUCAGCCAGAGCCUAAGACCAGCGCCUUGAACACUCUUCAGGCGAGCAACGCAGACGGCGCGGGCUUUGCUAGGAGCGGGGCCCGUGCAGUUUCCAAGGUGGGAUAUGUGGGAUGUGAUGUAUGGCAUGGAGCUGAUGGCACUUUGGGCCGUGGUGAGGCCCAAGACAGUGAAGACGUCAAGGCCACCUCAGGAAAGGAUCAGGAUGAGGUGGAGGAGGCAGGCACUUCCAGGGAGCCUGUUCUUGCUGGUGAGGGCUUCACAAUUCUGCGUGGCUCCUGCAGGCUGUGCCCCUUGCUGCAGGCCGACUGGCUAGACAAGACAGCUGAAGAGAUCCGGUCGUUUGGAGCUGAGGAGGUCGGUUAUUGGAUCAGAGCGGUCUUGGAAGAGGAGAGCUACGACAACGACGAAGACGAGGAGGUUGUGCAGGAGAUUACAAAUACUCUGAAGGUCCAGAGUGUCAAAGGCCGCGCGCUGUUGCUGUUGACUUCGGACGACAUGAAAGACAUGAAGAUUCCCGUGGGGCCGCGCAAAGUCCUGGAAAAUCGCAUCGCAGCCGUGUCAAAGGCGACGGCCAAGGUGCCUGAUGCACGAGAGGCCAUCCAGGACAUCCGCUCCCCAAGCUGGACUGUGCACUCUCCAAGAGCGAUGGCCCCACAGCUCAUUGCGCGCGAGGAGGCCAAAGCCGCAAUCCUUGAGUACAUCAAGGGGGUCUUGUCACAGGAAGAGUACUACUGGGAACCCGCGUCAAGGAAGUGCGCCAUCCUGACGACGGCCGGCAUUAAGGGCACAGGCAAGACUCGAGUACUUCACGAGAUGUGCACGAGCUGGGUGUGCGAAACCGGGGAAACCGGGGCGAAGGCGGCUCUGAUUGUGGACUUCAAUGAAAAGAGCUCUUGGGACCACAGCAAAGCUGCAACCGAAGUGUUUUCAGUCUUUUCAAAGCUCCUCCUUCAGCAGUCAGGCAUGCCUGCGGAUAAAGCAGAAAAUUGCGCGCGGGUUCUUCCAUGGAAGCAGGUGAUGCAGUGUUUGCGGGAGAAGCUGAACUUGGGCGACGAAGACCUUCUGCUGGUAGGCAUCGAUGAGAUUCGACAGUUGGAGACCGUGGCUGGCAAAGACGGGGCUGUGCAACUAAUAUCCGACCUCAUGGCAGCCCAGGACGAGUCCCUCCUCCAAACAAGCAGCUGCCCUGUAAUCUUCGUGUGGACAUCGCUGCUUGAGAGCUACAUGCCGAUGCUGAUGAGCGACUCUGGGCGCCGCAUCCUGCCAACGAUCUCGUUGAGGGGUUUGCCACUUGCAAAGGCUUUGGAGCUGCUGCCCAGCGACCUUCGCGAAGCACUGGAGAAAGAACCAUUCGGACGGCAACUGGUGCGACAGCUGCUGGGUCAUCCGCGGUUGAUGUUCGAUGCGUUGAUACAGGAGUACUCCAAGCACAAGCCUCCUCGGAAUCCACUUGCAUGGAAUCAACUUCAGAGUCACAUUGUAUCUUAUGCCAAGCUCGGCGACCGAAAAGCCUUGGACAGCAUCGAGGUUGCUCGCUGGUAUUCUCCUCUCCGUUCCACAACUCAAUCAGGGCUUGAAGACCUCUGUCUGCGUGGUGUUGUUCAUUCCGUGCGAUGUGGCGACAGCUGGAUCAAUAUCCUCCAUCCCAUACUGCUGCAACUUUGGGCACGGAGUGAGGAAACCAGUCUCGCAGACCAGAUCAACCAGAUGUUCGAGCAGGAUGCGAUCAUGGAGGCCCCUCCGGACAUCAUGGUGCACUUCGACUGUGCUGUGCGCCUGGCGUUGGGCGAGAACAACUGCACACUAAAACAGCUGUUCCCUGGGGCAAGCUUUUGGUCCGAAAGGGGCGGUUUGCCGAACAUCAUCGUCACCUCCACACAGAAUGUUCUUGCCCCAUUGGAGUAUGUCGAGUCCUUCGCAGAUGUAGAGGCGGUCUUGGAGUCUCUCAAAAACGGUAAGAUCGUCGUGUCCAAGCUGCGCAACGAGCCGGGCAUCGAGUACUUGAUCCCGUGGAUGGUCCCGAAUCAGGAUGACCGGAGGCGGAUUCGUGAUUUGAAGCCGCCGUGCAACAAGACAGAGUCAGCUUCUCUCCUCGUUCUUGGCAUCCAGACGAAAUGCGUCGGCGGGAAUGUCCCGAAAUGGGCCAGCGUUGCAAAGUCAGCACAGGAGGCGCUUGCUGGCUUCCAAAACCACCCGGAUGUUCUUGGAGCCCUGCCCGUCUUCUACACCACCGAGGUCCGUGUUAAGACUCCCCCAAAAAAUCUCGAGAUUCCCAGCAUCUACUUCAACGAAGUGGGGCUCGCAAAACUAUUGUUGCAGCGGACCGGUCCACUGCGACUCUUUUUCCUGAAGCCCGGUAAGCCGCUCGAGAAGAUGCUGCCGGACUUCUUCGAGAGCAAAAGAAGUGCAUUGCAUAAGAGAGCAUGA